AUGAAGCCAACUUAUGUUUAUUCAAAUCCAGUGCUGAGUCUUCUGAGCUCAAGUUCGACCUAGAGUAGUCCCAUGACGAAAAGUGAAUUGAAUGAUUCGAUCGAAUACUAUAUGGACCAAAAAGACUAUCAGACAGAGGUGGAGAUUGUGAAGUAUCUGCACGGUCUUGGAGUGCGGACAAAAACAGAUCCUUUGAUAAAAGAAUAAGAAUAUUGGAAAGAAAGAAAACAAAAGAGCUAAAUACUGCUUGAGACUAUGAGCAACACCCAGGAGAGAGGAGUAUUGAAUUCAAGUGUUGGUCGACUAUUGAGAAAGAAUGUAACCUAUAUUCCAAGGAAUUCAAACAGUCCCUUUUUCUUACUGGAUUGA